AUGGAAGGAACUCGUAGAUUGUUGGAUAGAUCCAGAGAACCAGGUCCCAAGAAACCCCGAUUGAUGGAAGGUUCAAACCCUACUUCACGGCCGUUUCCUCAACGACAACCUGCCUCGGGGGUUGGUUCGAUGGCUAGGUUUCGAAUAAAUGACAGAGACGUUGAAAGUAGUGAAAUCGAUCAUGGUGACGGUGGUUAUCAUCCGCAGCCACCGCCGCAUCAAGAGCUUGUGACUCAGUAUAGAGCUGCUUUGGCUGAGCUUACUUUCAAUUCGAAGCCGAUAAUUACCAACUUGACUAUAAUUGCUGGAGAGAAUCUUUCGGCGGCCAAAUCAAUUGCUGGAGCUGUUUGUGCUAAUAUUCUUGAGGUUUCAAGUGAUCAAAAGCUGCCAUCGCUUUAUCUCUUAGACAGUAUUGUUAAGAAUAUUGGGCGGGAUUACAUAAAAUACUUUGCUGUCAGACUACCUGAGGUAUUCUGCAAUACGUACAAACAUGUUGAUCCUCCUGUGCAUUCAAGUAUGAGGCAUCUUUUUGGAACUUGGAGAGGAGUCUUUCCUCCUCAGACCCUUCAAAUAAUUGAGAAGGAACUUGGCUUUGCUCCCACAGUCAAUGGUUCAGCUUCUGCAUCUGCUACAAUCAGAAAUGAUUCUCAGUCUCAACGUCCACCUCAUAGCAUUCAUGUAAAUCCCAAAUAUUUAGAAAGGCAACGUCUUCAGCAGUCUAACAAGACUAAAGGAGUAUUUGAUGAUAUGUCUGAAGUUAUUCCAAACGCAAAUGAGGACUCAGAGAGGUCAAAUAGAGCUUUGGGUGUUGCACGGCCGUGGCUGGAUUCUAGGGUUAACAUGCAUAAUAACCAGCAUACUCGUAGAGAUGCAUUUAACGAUUCUGUUCCUGACAAGAGCAUUAGCGGAGCCUAUGGAGAUGAGGAAUAUAAUUCUAGUGGUUCAGAUGUUGGAAGAACUGGAAGUAGGCUCAUUGGCGGUGUUGCAGAGACCUUAUCCGGGCAAAGAAAUGGUUUCAGCCUCAAACAUGGUUUUUCUAAUCACGAAGCACCGAAGCCUAUGAAUUUGGAUGCACAUAAUAUAAGGAACAGUGCCAUGUCAAGGAACUGGAAAAAUUCCGAGGAAGAGGAGUUCGUGUGGGAUGAGAUGAACCCUGGUUUGCCCGAACAUGUACCUAAUGUCUCUAGCAACUUGAGCUUAGACCCAUGGAUUGCUGAUGACGACAAUUUGGAAAGUGAAGAUCACCUCCAAAUGACACAUCCAAUUGGAACUAAAGUUGAUAAAGGAAUAUCCACCGUUAAGAAACAACUACCAUCAUCUGGGGGCCAUUCAUCAUUAUCAUGGGGAUUGCAGAAGCAGCUUCCAAGUGCCAAAUUGAAUAUGAAGUCAGGUCACUCAGAAAUAUUUGUUUCAGCUCCUAGUGGCUUACCCAAGAAUUCAAAUUCUUUGGCUGCAAGGAUGAGAAAUCAGUCUUCUAUGCCACAUACAACUAUAGGAACAGCCAAAAUUAUGGGACAGCGACAAUUUGAUCCUGAAGGCGCCGAAUCCCCUUCUGAACUGUCACCUUUGUCACAACAGUCUCAAUCUGUGCCAGUAACAACACAUCACGCUUCUUCACAAAGUCAAUAUAUUAGAGAUCCCGCACCUGCAACUCGUCCCAAUGUUCAGGUUGGUAACUUGCGGAAAUCACAAGCAAAGGACCCGCGGGGUCCAUCAUCUUCCGCAACUUCUCUCCAGGCAAAACCUCAACAACGACAGCUGGGCCCUUCACAGGCUGAAGUUACUCUUAAAGCUAAGCAGCCACUCAAGUCUAAAGUUUCUUUAGCCAAAGCCAAAGCCAAAGAAACUUCAGAAAAGUCAACCACAAAAAGUCUUCCAGCUACAUCUGUGAAGAGUGGAGUCAUCCCCAACAAAUCAGUAACCAAAAGUCUGGAUGCAAGUAACCGUCCAUCUCUCUCGGGGGUUAAGCCUACUCGGUCAACUGGUCCUUCCCCUACCACAUUAAUUUCUUCGGGGCCUUCCUCUGUGUCAAUAGGUUCUCCAAAUGAUCAUUCACAGACUUUGCCAAAACUACCUCAAGGGAAGGUUGUAAAGAAGCAAAAAAAAUCUACUCAACCAUCCACUUCCUCUAAUGAUCGUGGUGCAUCAGCUCCAAGCUCAAAUACCGUCAAUAAGAAUACCUUGAAUCCAAUUUCAAAUCUUUUAAGUUCAUUAGUUGCUAAAGGUUUGAUAUCCGCAGGAACGGAGUCAGCAACUGUAGUGCCAAAUGAGACCGUGAUUCGAUCGAAAGAGCAAACUGAAAGCAUCACUACCAGUUCCUCAUUGCCAAUUGUUUCAAUUCUUGAUUCUGCAACUGUCCCAGUAAAAUCUUCUAAAGUUGAGGUAGAUGGUGAUGAGGUGGAUGGUGAUGAGGUAGACGGUGAUGAGGUAGAUGAUGCUGCAAAAGCCUCACUUGCCUUGUCUCAAUCAACUAGCACAGAAAUUAUAAACCUCAUUGGCUUUGAUUUCAAGCCUGAUGUAAUUCGAGAAAUGCACCCACAUGUAAUCACAAAAUUAUUGGAAGAACUCCCACAUCAUUGCAGUAAGUGUGGUAUUAGGCUAAAACACCCAGAACAGUUUGAUAGACACUUGGAAUGGCAUGCUACAAAAGAAAGAGAACAAAAUGAUUUGAAUGGAGCUUCAAGAAGAUGGUACGCAAAGUCGAAUGACUGGAUUGCUGGCAAGGCUGGAUAUCUGUCAGAGUCUGAAUUUACUGAUUCUGUAGAUGAUGAACAUGAUGAUGAAAACACAUAUGAGAGUCAAUUGGAUUCUAUGGUUUUAGCAGAUGAAAACCAGUGCUUGUGUGUAUUGUGUGGUGAGCUAUUUGAAGAUGUAUACUGUCAGGAAAGGGAGCAAUGGAUGUUCAAGGGGGCUGUUUACCUGAACAAUUCCGAUAACGUUAGUGAGAUGGAAAGUAGAAAUGUGGGCCCCAUCAUUCAUGCUAGAUGCUUAUCAGAGAACAAAAUAUCUGUUGUGACCAAUACAGAGCUUGAUUAA